AGUCAGUCGCACACAUCUACACACAUGCGGGUGGACGGCGGAUUCUGAAAGCGCCGUUAUUUUAACUGUGCUUGGAUAGCUCACACAACGCUUUACAGCGGUAUCCAUUGUGCCUCUUCUGGAAAGAAAGACUGGCCAGACAACGGGGAAUAGAAGAAAAUAUACAAGGGAUGAAGAGACUGGCAUAGAGAUGAUCGGACGGGAAGUGCGCUUAAAUAGCUAAACCCGCAAAUCUGCCUUGAAUAAAAUAUAAUUAGUUGGACAGAGGAAAAAGAGCUUGCUUCUUCAUGCAAUUGAAUUAAAGUGGGGGGGAUCAAGGAGCCUCUUGUCUGUUCAGUGAGGACUCGGUAUUCGUGGGAUACGAGGAGGGGAGAAAGCUUGUAAUUAGCCCGGGUUGUCCACUUGAUAGUCGUCUGCGACUCAAUGGGGAGAAUAGUGGCGUGGGAAAAGUUUCCACCACACGAGGAAAGGAGGACGGAAAGGGGCUACAUACAACCAAGACUGGCUUCAGCGGUGGCCCUGUAUGGAUGGCAGACUGAAGUUUACUGACAAUUAAAUUGCCGGUCACUCGUGGAAUUAUGGGAGAAACCAGUGCCAGUUAUCAGGAAAUUAAAAUAAAUUUUAUGUUGACUUGACAUGUAUUGUUUGAUUGUAUUAUCAAAACAAUUAUUUACUCAACACCGACUGAGCAUGGUCUGGAUCCAAUAAAGUAGGUGCGUGAACACUUGAUCUCCAAUUAAAUUGAAGGACUACUAAAUUUGUGCAGCUCUUUGCACUAUUCUGCCACCUUGUCCUCUUCCAAUUGCCCUGUUCUAUCAGCGUGUAUCCCCAGGAAUUGGAGGCGCAGCUUUGGAAAUUCCGGAGAGGGAACUCAGGAAAGGACGGGGCUCCAUCCAUGGAAAUACUUACGAAUAGGCCUUUUCCUAGUCACAGCAAGAGCAUGUUGGUAAAGACGGAUAAUGGGCAUUAGACGUCAGUGUUUGUUUUCUCUUUCUUGUUUAUGUGAGGACAUUUCCGCCUUAAAUAACCCGGCAUAUGUCAAACAAUAGUUCCGUAACUGUGGCUUUUUUGCGAUGCCAAUACAACGCCGGCGGAGGGGUUUAUUUUGGGAAUACAGGAUGAAGUUCUACUCACACUGUCAGCAAAGUGCUUACGCGUGAAAUUUGAAAGGAUUAUUUUCCUCAUAGAUCACUGUAAAUUGGAAGCAAUUUCUGCAUGCAUUAUAGUCAACUUGCUUAAAAGCAUUAACAUGUAAUAUAUAACAUAUAAGAGAGGACAGGCAGGAGUUCUGUAGACAUGAAUACAUUUACAUUUACAUUUACGAAUAGAAAUGCAGACGGGAUCUAAAAUCAAUAGAGGAUUAUUUUGACAGUGCAUUUACAAAGAAUGGCUAUGCAGGCAGCCAAGUAGUGAGAGCAUGAGGGAAUUUGAUCCAGGUUUCAGUUAUGCCAUUAUCUGCAGAAUUUGUCCCAAUAUACCAGUAGGCUACAGUCUGCUGUUUAGUCAGGGGAGAGCCUUGGAAAUGUUACUGAAGUAGUAUUACUCAACUAAGUUUCUACAGUCAACAUAGUUAUAUUAUGUAAGAUUUUGACUUCUCCCCAAAUCUUUUUCAAUGAGUCAAAAACAAUUGUCUGUACUUGGACUGCAACAGAAUGGGCACUGAAUGCACCAUGCCGACACAAGUGCGUCAAAACAGAGGUAUUGAGUAUUGACGUCAUGAGGGGCAAUAAUUAACUGCUCAAAAUCCUGGAACAGUACACAGCUAACUUGGCAGACUUUUUCCCUGGAUAAGUUUUCUGUUUGUGCAUAAUUCAUUUCCCCAAAACGUUUUCUUUUAUUUUACACUCAUUCUAGACUAGAGGGUACCACACUGUGGAUACAUUCAUAGCCUACAUUGCAAUUAGCUCUAUUGUCGUCUAAUUUCUGUUAGAUUCAAAAGCAACAUGGCAUCCCCCCAACAUCAGCAGCUGCUCACAGAGGUGAGCUGUGACUCGAGCGGCGAGGGCGGCGUCUCAGUGAGGAUCAGCAGUAGCGUCAAACACAAGCACGGAGGAGGAGCCGGGGCGCUGGGUGGCAUGGGAGGAGGCUUCAUGGGGGGUGGGUCCAAACACUGCAAGUACAGCAUCUCCUCUAGCUGCAGCUCGGGAGAGUCCGGGGUUCUCAGGCCCGUGGUCAAGGGGCUGCGAACCCAGAGGAAGAUGCCCCAGCUGUUCGAGAGGUCCGCUGGGCACUUCUGGGACCCCAAGUUCGACUCUCCCAUCCUGGAGGAGGCAUGCAGGGAGAGGUGCUUUCCCCAGACCCAGCGGAGGUUCCGCUACGUCCUCUUCUACCUGUUCGCCGCCAGCCUCCUCUGGGGGGUGUACUUCAGCGCUAACCCCGACCGUUGUGACCGGACUGCCUUCCUUGUCCCCACCGCCUGCUUCCUCUUCUUCUGCCUCCUUCUCUUCCUGUUGACGUUCACAAGGAUCUACGCCCGCUGCUACAACCAGGCGUCGCUGCUGCUCAUCGUGGUGACCUUUGCCCUCACCCUGGCACCCCAGAUCCAGACAGCCGGCUUCAGGGACCUGGAGACCCUCCCUCCGGAGGAUGUGGUGGAGGACGUGGGGGACUUCAGUGGCAUGGAGCCCAGGAAUGUGACCUUCAACCGGGACUUACCCACGGGCAGCGCCUGGGCCCCCUGCCUAUCUCCAGUAGGGACCUUCUCCCUGGGCAUGGAAGUACUGCUACUACUCUACAGCGUCCUCCACGUCCGACUCUAUGCCUCUGUGCUACUGGGACUUUUCUACUCGGUGCUCUUCGAGGCUCUGGGAUGGCUCCACCUCACCCAGGCUGCUGGGGACGGUUGGAGCCAGGCCUCGGAGGGGGCAGACUCGGACUGGGACACUCUACGCUGGCUGGGGCCAGCCAAAGCUUUGCUCCACUUGUGCGCCCACGCCAUCGGCAUCCACCUUUUCAUCAUGUCUGAGGUGCGAUCGCGAAGCACCUUCCUCAAGGUGGGUCAGGCCAUCAUGCACGGCAAAGACCUGGAGGUGGAGAAGGCGCUGAAAGAACGCAUGAUCCACUCCGUGAUGCCUCGGAGGGUGGCCGACGACCUGAUGAAGCAGGGCGAUGAGGAAGGCUUGGCGGGCGGGAGCUCGGCCAAACGCUACUCCAGCAGUGGUGCGGCUGCUGUCAUCUCCAGCCCCAAGAACAACAAGAGGAAUAAGACCUCAAUCCCGAGAGGCCAGAUCAUCUUCAGACCCUUCAACAUGAAGCGCAUGGAGCCCGUCAGCAUCCUCUUCGCGGAUAUCGUAGGCUUCACCAAGAUGUCUGCCAACAAGUCGGCCCACGCCUUGGUGGGGCUCCUCAACGACCUCUUUGGACGUUUUGACCGGCUAUGCGAGCUGACGUGCUGUGAGAAGAUAAGCACCCUCGGCGACUGCUACUACUGCGUGGCAGGCUGCCCUGAACCUAGGCCUGACCAUGCCUACUGCUGCGUAGAGAUGGGUCUGGGCAUGAUCCAAGCCAUCGAACAGUUCUGCCAGGAGAAGAGCGAGAUGGUUAACAUGAGGGUGGGCGUACACACGGGCACUGUCCUGUGCGGUAUCCUAGGGAUGAAGCGGUUUAAGUUCGACGUGUGGUCCAACGAUGUGAACCUGGCCAACUUGAUGGAGCAACUGGGCGUGGCCGGGAAGGUGCACCUAUCAGAGGCCACCGCCAACUUCCUGGACGACCGGUACCAGCGGGAGAAUGGACAGGUCACUGAGAGGGUUGGACAGAGCGUGGUGGCGGAUCAGCUGAAAGGAUUGAAGACCUACCUGAUCUCAGGGAGGAAGGUGGAGCCGUGCCACUGUAGCUGUUCCCAGCUUGGCCUGGCUGGCUUGGAGCCUGGGGGGGACACCCGCUGUCCCACACCCCGUGCCCACACCCCAGAUGGACCCCCCAGAGCCCCCUCAGCCUGCGGCCUACCCCAGGAAGGGGAUCCCGACAGGGCCAAGUCUCCCUGUCUCUCCUGCAGUGUGGCUGUAGUACCAGAGGAGGAUCAGGUUCUGGAGGAGGGCAUGGUGCAGAACGGUUGCCAUGACGACCACACGACCAAUAGCAGCAAGGACACCUCAUCUCUCAAAUGUCCCUCCCAGGCCCCCGUAGGCCCCGUUGGCCGCAGCCCCAAGGCCCUGAACGGUCUGCUGAGCCCCAGGCUGGAGGAUCCCCUGACCAACAGCCAGACGUCCCUGUGUGAGAUGCUACAGGAGAAGGAGAAGAAGUGGGGUGGAGGGGCCAUGGGGAUGGGCAUGGACCACUCAGCCCUCAUCCCCCUGCGCUCCAAGAACUUCAGAGAGAGGAGCGACGCUCACUUUGUGGAUGUUAUCAAGGAGGACAGUCUGAUGAAGGACUACUUCUUCAAGCCUCCCAUCAACAAGCUGAGCCACACCUUCCUGGACAGAACCCUGGAGUCUGCCUACAGGACCAGCUACCAGGAAGAGGUGGAGACCCAAGCGGCGGUGCAGACCUUUGCCAGCCCUACUUUCAGCUCUUUCCUGGACAUGGUCCUGUGCUGCUCUGUGUUCCUGGCCCUCUCCCUGGCCUGCCUCCUCCGGCCCCUGCUCUCCCUCCCUAAGGCCCCCCUGCCUGCCCCGGCCCUCGCCCUGGUUGCCGUGGCCGCCCUGCUGGAGGCCCUGGCGCUGGUGCUGUCUAUACGGAUGGCCUUCUACCUGGACAGCGUGAUGAGCUGCACUAGGACCCUGCUGAGGGCCAUCUCUGGCUGGGUCCCCCGUCACCUGAUAGGGGCCGUGCUGGUGUCCCUGCCCACUGUGUCCGUCUUCUCACACGUCACCUGUGACAUGCACCUCUCCAUACAGUUCACCAUGCUCACCUGCUGUGCAGUGAUCAUUGCCAUCAUCCAGUACUGUAACUUCUGCCAGCUGAGCUGCUGGAUGCGCUCGGCCAUGGCUACCGUGGUGGGAAUGGUGCUGCUCGUCCUGCUCUUCAGCCCACCCUGCAGUUCUGCCAACAGUAUGUUAUUUUGGUCUGGUGACGCCACCAACAACAGUAACCACAGCAGUGUUGUGCAUGGUCAGCCUGAGCCCGCCACUGACCCCCUGCCCCGCCCCCAGGACCUGCUGGGCCCCGAGGUGGGAGUGGCCUUCUUCCUGCUUCUGCUGCUCGUCUGGUUCCUCAACCGCGAGUUCGAGGUCAGCUACCGCCUCCAUUACCACGGCAACGUGGAGGCCGACCAGCACCGCAUCAAGAUCCAGAACAUGAGGGACCAAGCUGAUUGGUUGCUUAGGAACAUCAUCCCCAUCCACGUGGCAGAGCAGCUCAAAGUGACCCAGAGUUACUCAAAAAACCAUGGUAACGUUGGCGUGAUUUUUGCCAGUAUCGUGAACUUUAGCGAGUUCUACGAGGAGAGUUACGAGGGCGGCAAGGAGUGCUACCGCGUGCUCAAUGAGCUCAUCGGUGACUUUGAUGAGCUGCUUCGCGAGCCGCCCUUCAACAACAUUGAGAAGAUCAAGACCAUUGGCGCCACGUACAUGGCGGCGGCCGGGCUGAACGCGCAGCAGUGCGCCGAGGCGCCGCACCCGCACGGCCACCUGCGGGCGCUGUUUGACUUCGCACUGGAGAUGAUGCACGUGGUGGACGACUUCAACAAGAACAUGCUGGGCUUCAAGUUCAAGUUGCGCAUUGGGUUCAACCAUGGUCCUUUGACCGCAGGGGUGAUCGGCACCACUAAGCUGCUCUACGACAUCUGGGGCGACACAGUGAACAUCGCCAGUCGCAUGGACACCACGGGCGUGGAGUGCCGCGUGCAGGUGAGCGAGGAGAGCUACUGCGCGCUCAGUGCCAUGGACUACAACUUCGACUACCGCGGCACAGUCAAUGUCAAGGGCAAAGGUCAAAUGAAGACCUUUCUGUUCCCCAAGAGUGCGGACAGCGGUGCCCCCGUGCCUCAGUACCUGCUCUCCGUAUCGCCAGAGAUCCGGGUGCAGGUGGACGGGAGUAUCGGGCGCUCGCCAACGGAUGAGCUCUCUAAUAUGGUGCCUAGCUCCAUGGCUGGUGUACCCAGUACCACCAGUCCCUCGCUCAGCCCUAGGGUGUCCACGGGUCUGCUGCGGCCUGAGAGGGGGAUGGUGGAGGCUGGAGAUAGGCCAGACAGCCGGGAACAAUACUACUGUAGCCCUAAUACUACAGAGACCAUCACAGCCAGACGCUCCUCCUCCUCCUCGUCCUACGUUGGUCUAGCCUCCCUGCCUAUCACUAGUCAAGCUGGAGCUACUUUGAAAGUCCAACAACCGACUCUGCCCAUCAUUAGUUUAGGUGGAUCUCCUUCCACAAAAGUCCAACAACCAAAUCUGCCCAUCACUAGUCUAGCAGGUGCUCCUCAAACAUCGACAAAUGUCCAACAACCAAUUAUUCCCAUCACUAAUAAAGGUGAAGCUCCUUCAACCAACGUCCAAGAAUCAAAUCUGCCCGUCACUAGUCUAGCUGGAGCUCCUCCAACAAACGUCCUCCAACAACCAAAACCUGUGGCGCCUGCCUCCCUCCAGCCUCUCUCCCCUCAGAAUGCCACAGCAACUGAGUCACGGAAGGAGGUGAAAAAAGAGAAAGUGGAGAAGGACGAUGAUGACAUUAUUGGCGAGCUAACGAAACUCUAAGACUGUUAUGUCUGCGAUAGCUUUUUGCAUUAGCCUUCAGCCCUUUAAGUAUGGUCUUUCUUGCGUUCCUGCCAGUUUAAGCUUAUUAUGGAACAAGCAUAUGUGACGAGAAGGCAUACAGGAGGAAGCACCAAAAUGGCAGACUGCAAGAAACCAGUUUCUGGCACCUCUGUUGUCAAUUCUUCUCCAGGGUCAUGUUCAUUAGGGCACACCUUUUGUAAAACUUCUUGCAACUGUAAGUGAAAAUGAGCAUUUCUUAUUGAACAAGUUCAGAUACUACGUCUGUUUUCUUCCGGUUCAUGCCCACUGAACACAACCGAUGUCUCUGGUGGGCACUGUAUGGAUCACAGUAAGAGUGAGUAAGAAGAUGUGGAAAGUACGACGGGCGCUAUUACUGAAUUUAUGUUGCUAUAGAAACCCAUAGCCUCCCAUGAUCUACUUGAUUCUCACUAACAUCUUUAGUCUUUAUUUUUGGUGUGGUUUUUUUCUUCAUUUUUUUCCCUGCCUUUGUUUUUGUAAUGUUUUUUGAUUAAGUGCCUUUAGCACAAAAUAAUGUGUAGACCAAGCUGAUCUGGACAAUGAAAGAGGAAGAAACAAUAAAGGGAAAAGAAAACUGGGAAAGACUUCUAUACUACAAAACUGUGAACCUUAUGUACAUUUUAAGGCAAAAGCUUGGUUUCUGUCAGUUUGUUAUAGUUGUCUUUGGUCUGUGUAGCUAUGACAUUGUUUUUGUUACUGUAGUUAAGGAGUUUACAAGAAUCAGCACAAUAAGGAAUGCCACAGUGAAGAGUGAAUGAUGGGUUACAAAGGGAAGCAAGAUGGAGUCGUCUUUUCACAGUGAAUCACUUUAAAUUGUCUAAGAAAAGCACAGGCCUCGCACAACGCUCUCAGACAAACCCACAACAACAUCUAGAACAUCAGUCGGAAGGCCUGACUGUGUGCUUGUGUUCGUGCGCUACACUACAGUAAUAACUGCCGUCCACGGCCUCAUGUGGAGAGGUGGCUGGAAGUUGUCAUUCUGAAACAGAUGAAACCGUGGGAUGACUAAGAAGGUCGGGAGUGUGAUCAAGAAAUAAUGAAAUCCCUCUUGCUGAUGUGGUAUCUUUUCUCCUGGCCCUGGUUAAAAGUAAGGACCUCUGUCUUACUGCCUUAAGCCCUCAUCUAGACCUUGGUAAUAUAAAUUAGGGCAGAAUCCUAACUCCCACUUAAGUCUGUUUUAAGUCAAAGUCUCCCAUUGACAUCGAUGCAUGACUAAGUGAAAAUGUUUAAGUUAGGACUCGACCCUAACUCUUUAACAUAUAAUUAAUUAACUUCAACUGCACAUUAGUGCUUCAAGUCUAUAAAGCUACAUUUUAGCACCACAGGUUGGUUCAUGUGCCAUAACCUCUUCCUAGUCUUUUACAGGAAUGCAAUCUGUUGUUAGGCUACUGUUGUGGAGGUUUGAAGUGCACGCCUCUAGGUAGGCCUCCUAAUAGGUGGUUUCUAUAGAACGUACUGGCUUGCUUACAAUACAGUUAACAAUCUGCUAAAAUUGUUACAUGUUACACGUGCGUCACGUACAUAUCAUGUGGAAUAGGCAAGAGCACAACAGAUCUGGGACCAGGCUAAUCUUGAGUAGUCUCUUGUGACGGACCGUUAACAGAGAUUUCUUUCUGGCUUCUGAGUUAAGAUGUUGAGUGAUCCAGUUUAAUGGAAUGGUAGAUUGGUAUAUUGACCUUCAAAUAGGACUUGAUCUGCUAUUGCCAUGCCCCACUCCUAUUACUCUACCGUCUGGCUAUUUAGAAUUACAUGCAAGGGAAUGCACCCGAUUGCUCUUGUUACGGCAUUCCUGCCAAAUCAGAUCCUGGAUAAUGAGGGAAGUUUCUAACAUGUGUCAUGUAAGCAACAUAUAAUAAACAUGUAAAGUGUGCAUGUUCAGUCAGUGCUACAUAUUUUCCUAUUUGUUUUGUGUGUUUGAUUUGUCGAAGUUGAGAUCUCGUAGUUUGUACUUUUUUUUUAUAUGUACUGUAUGCAUUGUUUUAUCAGACCCUUUCUUGAGAGAAUUGAGUAUGGUAAACUGUACAGUGCAUAUCCUCCAACUGCAAGUCUAAUCAUCCAUGUCACUGUCUCUCUGUUUUAGUAAAAGGGCUUGGGUGCUCGGGGGAAAGAACAAAACAAGUAAUGCUACGACUAGGUUUCCAUCCAAUUGGUGAGAGAUUUUCAUGCAAAUAUUCUGAAAUCUGCAUAAAGGAAAUAAGCGCAUUUUCCCACCAGUGGUGUGUUUCCACCAAAUGGAUUUGUUACGGAUAAAAAUCAGUGCGUGAUGACACA